GAUGGAAUCGACUCCAGUGACGCCUUCUCGACGUUCAAAGCGCUUUCAACCGCUUGUGACUCCAGUGAGGACUGACGCGUUUGUAGACAAAUCUGCGGUUUGGACAGGCGAUCCAUUUUACGUUCGUCCAAUUGUACAAGAAGAUUAUCAGGUUCUUCAAGAGGAUGAGGGCUGGCAACCAGGUCCAGGAAUGCAGACUGCUUUCCGCAAGUCGUUUAAGCGAACGAAAAAUACCGCGCCAGCUUCACGGAGGGGGCUGGGUAUGCGUAGGUCAGCUGUCGAGACGGAGACAUUUGAGGUCGGAGACACCGUGCUCGUCAAAACUCAGUCUACAAAACAUCCCAGCGUUGGAGUCAUCGCUUCAAUGUGGGAAUUUAAAGGCGGGGAUGAUUUGGAGGACGAUAAUCCACACAUGAUGGUCAGAAUUCACUGGUUCCAACAUCCGUCGGAGCUGCCUCGCAUUAGGGCAAAAAGGGAACAUUUCGAGAACGAAGUGUAUUUCACUCUCGCUUCACAAGCCAUUCUUCCGCCUUCAUGCAUACUAUCGCAUUGCAUCGUCACCGACGUUCCACGUUCCGUACCCACAGAGCGCAAACGAAACAACUGGAUCACCACCGCUUCGGAAGAAAGUACACCAUUCUAUUGUCGUCUUGCAAUCGAGUCCCGUAGCAACAUAUACUACGAUUUCAACUGGGUAGCUCACAGACAACAAGCUCUCACCCGUUCUGACGAAGACCUUGCCGAUGGGACUUGCUGGCACGUCGCUGUAGAGACCACAUCGUCAAGACAGCGUACGAAGAAGAGAACAAAGCUCCAAGAUAUUGCGGAAGAAAGUGGUGAUGACUCCGUCCGUGAUCGUGACUACGAGAACGACGAGCCUGCAUCAGAGCCCGAUGACCAUUUCAUCCCUUCUGUUGUGGACGAUGCCUCCGAUAGCGAGACAGCUGUUAGCAUACCUACCGAUGACAUCCCCAAGACACCCUCUCGCAAGCGGAAGCGUACCUUAUCCACACCCAAGUCCACCCCCAGCAAAAAACGUGCACCGAAGCUCGCAGCACCCACACCGCACUCCAAAGCUGCAUUACGAAAGCGAAGUCGUAAAGCACCAGCCAUCCGUGUUCCGCCUCCGAAUCUCACACAGGAGCACUACAAGCAGUUGCAGAACCUUCCUCCAGAUUCGUGGCUUCGGUCAAUGCACGUCCUUCAUGUCGCUGCGCGUCCCGAUGUUCUCCCAUGUCGUGAGGAGGAAUAUAGUCGCGUUCUGAGAACCGUAGAAGAGCUCCUUGAGGAAGGAAGCGGAGGUUGCGUUUAUAUUUCUGGAGUACCAGGAACAGGCAAGACUGCAACGGUUCAUGCCGUCGUUCGUGAGCUCAAACGAAUGGCUGAGAACAAUGAAACAAAUCCUUUCACGUACGUUGAAAUCAACGGACUCAGGAUCCCCGAGCCAUCCGCCGCGUAUAACCUACUUUGGGAGACCGUCUCGGGGCACGAUGUAGCGAUCGAUGGCCAUCUCAAGACCAGCGCCAAGGAGGCACUCAAGCAGCUCACCAGACACUUUUCUGCAGGUGCACGAGCGGGUCCCGCAGGGCACGCAUGCGUCGUUCUUAUGGACGAGCUCGAUCAGCUUGUCACGGCAAAGCAGGACGUGGUGUAUAAUUUCUUCAACUGGCCCACGAUCGCAGGCUCAAAGCUUGUCGUGAUUGCUGUCGCAAACACCAUGGACCUUCCAGAGCGGGUGAUGAGUGGACGUGUACGCAGUCGGCUUGGCAUGAUCCGAAUCAACUUCCAGCCGUAUACAACGCAGCAGCUUGAGAAGAUCGUGCAUGCACGUCUCAGAGAUGCCAAAGAGGGCCUCGAAGAGCCACCGGACGUGAUCAAUGCCGACGGGGUCAAGUUUGCCUCAAUGAAGGUUUCAUCGAUCAGCGGAGAUGCGCGUAGGGUACUUGAUAUAUGCCGACGAGCGGUGGAACUCGUGCAUUCCAAGCGGCGCGCUGCUCGCACGGAGGAUGUGAAGGAGGUUAUUAAAGUACUGCAGAACAGCCCAACGGCAGCAUACCUCCGGGACUGCACCUUGCAUGAGCGGAUCAUGCUCGCAUCCCUGCUGAGAUGUAUAAAGCGGGAGGGCGUUGAGGAGAUUAAAUGGGGCGAGAUUGAAGACCAGCAUAUUACAUACGUUGACGCCCUGACUUCCGAAGGAGACCCGUCGCGGAAACCCACUCUAGAGGAACUGGGACUUGUUCUGGACUCCCUGGUUGCCUCCCACGCUAUGAUUGUCGAGGAUGGUCUGAACGCCGCCCGCAAGCCUGCCCGGGAGCGUAGGGUCAUUCUCAACUUGGAGCAGACUGAGGUAGAGAGGGUGCUGAGCGAGGUGGGCGGGCGGACAUGGGCAACGGCGCUUGGUGUUGGCACAUGACAUACCAAUAAAUUUUUGGAUUCGAUAAAUUGAUAUAGACCGGCUGAAUCUGUCACUGGCUGGGAAGAUACUAAUCAGCUCGUUGUCUCGUCAAAACUGCCUAGACCUUAUGUAUUUCAUAUUCUAUACCCUAAGCUAAGUACUAGUGUCUUUCUAUGCAUCAGUGUAAUUCAAUGUAUAACUUUAUCAACG